GCAACAGCACCUGGAUAACGCAGAGGGUCACGCAGUGUAGUUGCUGAAACUAACCUGACUGAUCGGUAAUGGUCCAGGACCUACAGCACGCCUGCCAGAGAGAAACUCCGCGGGCAGCAGCUCCCACGGACCGUCGGGAACUGUCAGUGACUCACUGACAUGCAUUUGUCAUGCAACCAAGCGUCGAGGGGAGAAAAGCCACACAUUGACGGCUUGGCUCUAUCCAGAGCCCCCAGAGUUUCGCCUCACACCACGCUUUGCUUUUUGUUUGAACUCCCUCCCCCUCCUUUGUGGCAGCUUCUACGGGGCUCAGUGGGGAUCCCCUGCUGCGGCUCGUGCAUGCCUACCCGCCUGCUAUUGGCUGCAAAUGAAGGGCAGUUUGCCGCGGAAACGCCAGCCUUGCCACGGUUAAUCGGGACUUGGGGAGUCUCUUUUCCAGGCCUUGAACACAGAAAGGGUGAACCGGAGAUGCUGGCCUGCGAGAGGCAAAGUUCUCGCUAGAGCGGCGAGAAGCCCGCCCCUACGUCCUCUUGCUUCUCACGCUCAUUGGCUGAGGCGGCGAGGACGCGUCUCCAGGGCGAGUGGCAGCCAUUGGUGCGGGAGGCGAUCCGAGUUCCCGGAUGAGGGAACAUUCUGCAGUAUAAAGGGAGCGGGGAAGGCGGGAGACAGCGCAGUUUGAAUCGCGGUGCGCCAGAGCAGUAGCCGGCGGGAUCUCUGCCCAGGUGUUUGCUUGGUCCAUUCUCUGCCGUGAGCGUGUGUGCGAGAGGGCUUCACGCACAACUCAAAAUGGCUGGCGGGAAGGCUGGGAAGGACUCCGGAAAGGCGAAGACAAAGGCGGUUUCCCGCUCGCAGAGAGCUGGUUUGCAGUUCCCAGUGGGCCGUAUUCAUCGGCAUCUGAAGUCCAGGACAACGAGCCAUGGACGCGUGGGAGCCACUGCUGCUGUGUAUAGUGCAGCCAUCCUGGAAUAUCUAACUGCAGAGGUUCUUGAGCUGGCAGGAAAUGCAUCAAAAGACUUGAAGGUGAAGCGCAUCACUCCUCGCCACUUGCAGCUUGCCAUUCGCGGGGAUGAAGAAUUGGACUCUCUUAUUAAGGCAACAAUUGCUGGUGGUGGUGUGAUUCCACACAUCCAUAAAUCUCUGAUCGGAAAGAAAGGACAACAGAAGACUGUUUAAAGGAUGCCUGGAUUCCAUGUUAUCUCAGGACUCUAAAUAUUCUUAAACAACUGUCCAGUGUUGGUGAUUUCCAGUGGACUGUAUCUCUGUGAAAACCACAAUUUUGCCUUUUUGUAAUUCUAUUUUGAUUAAGUUGGAAGCUUACUUAAGCUUUCCAGCCAACCAAAUUUCUGCAUUGAAGUCUUAACCAUAUUUAAGUGUUACUGUGGCUUCAAAGAAGCUAUUGAUUCUGAAGUAGUGGGUUUUGAUUGAGUUGACUGUUUUUAAAAAUCUGUUUGGAUUUUAAUUGUGAUGCAGAAGUUAUAGUAACAAACAUUUGGUUUUGUACAGACUUUUAUUUCCACUCUGGUGGAUAAGUUCAAUAAAGGUCAUAUCCAAAACAA